CCCCCCCGGUUAUUACUUCCGCCCUGGUUUCGGCCACGGGGCGUCAUCGUGGCACAUCCACCUGCCCCCCGGCGGCUGGUGCUCCUCCCUCUCUGGGUGCGCGAAUCGCAGCACCACGUUUCUGGGGUCUUCUAAACCCGAGCUGCAGAAGGACAACCCUUAUAGCAAUGCAUCAUACGCCUACCUGGGCAUAUUGAGCACGGGUCCGUUCAUCAACAAGGCCUUUCGCAACUGGAACCUCGUAGUGCCCAUUUAUUGCGAUGGAGGGGGGUUCUCCGGAACGGCGGGAUGGGCGAGAGUGAACGGCAGCUUCGGGAUUUACAUGGACGGGUGGAGUGGAAUCAAAGCGGUGCUGACAGAUGUGAAGGAGUUACGGGGGAUGCAGUCUGCCGAACGAGUGCUGCUGUCAGGCCAAUCAGCAGGAGCGCAGACGGUGCUGUCUCUGUGUGAGCACAUGCAGGAGUAUGCACCGAAUGCAAGGACAAUUAAAUGCCUCAUGGACUCUGGCUCGUUCACAGGUGAGGAGUGGUGUGGUGUGAUUCCAACGAUCGCUAUGGGCAGCCUUUCUUUCAGAGACUUGCAGCUGACAUUGUUGCUCUGCACAAGUUCACAGGAAGCACCAAAUGCGCCCAAGCCCACUCUUCAAGUGAGCGAUGGCACUGCUUCUUCCCCCAAUACGCCCUGCCCUACCUCCCUCGCUCCCUCCCCCUCUUUGUAG